GCCCGGCAUGGCCUACGUAGCUGUCAGUAGAGUGACGUCUCUCAGUGGACUGUAUCUUCUUGAUAUGGAGGAGAAAAAAAUAUUCACCAACCCAGAAAUCACUGCAGCACUUGAGAACAUGAGACAAGCCAACCUUGAUGACAUGAUGCCUCUUCUACACGUGAGACAAACACUGAGCAGGUCAGAGGUUUUCACCAUUGUUCACCAUAAUACAGAGGGACUGCCAGCUCACAUUAAUGACAUCAAGAGUCACCAUGAAUUGUGUCUAGCAGAUGUUUUGUGCCUAACAGAAACACACCUGCGGGGCUCUUUUGUCGCAGAGAGUCUCCACUUGGAAAAUUACAAUUUGUUCAAACGCAACAGACACCUGUCCUACACAAACUUUCCCCAGAUGGCAAACAGAAGUGGUGGUGGAGUUGCUGUUUAUGUGAAAAGUGACAUUCAAGUGCAUGAAAAACAGUACAUCCAUAAUGUAACUGACCUUGAAUUUCUGGCUUUAAAGGUUGAAGCACCAGUCAGUGCUCUGAUUGUAGUUGUAUACAGACCUCCAGACUACACUCUGAGGCCAUUCCUGAAAAACCUGCCAGAGCGAUGUCUCCAUUCUGGAGUCAUGAAGACCUACCAUAGUUACCAUGACCCUGUAUACUGUGUAUUGUCCUGUGAUGAUUCAUGAUCUAGAUCUUUGAAUACAGUAAGUAAUUUUUAUAUUUCUGAAUGACUUAAGAAAGUAGAGCGAUAUUUAAAAGUUGACUUAAGAAAAAAACGCCCUGCAUUGCAGUAUAAUGUUUGAAUUUUUUUUUACAUAAAAUACAAUUAAAUGAAUUAAGUAAUGAUAUCAGUAAAAGAUGACAA